AAGAAGUGACGUAUAGCAAACGCGCCACUGCUGUUCACUCUCCACGUGAAGAUCCAACAUGGCGCAGGAGCAGGAGCCUGAAGUGCUUCUGGCGCAAAGAUUAGCGGCAAACGAGAGGACUGUGCGGACCAAAGCCUUUAAAAAGCUGCGGAGAUACGUGAGGUCGCGCUCACAAAUACCCGGAGGUGGCUUCACUGAAGACGAGUUGCUGAAGAUCUGGAAAGGACUCUUCUACUGUCUGUGGAUGCAAGACAAAGCGGUGCUGCAGGAAGAGUUAUCAGAACAGAUUUCUGGCCUGUUGCUUAGUUUCCAGAACACCGACACACAGCUGUUGUAUGUGGAGACAUUUCUGAAGACUGUGAAAAGGGAAUGGAAUGGCAUCGACCGGCUACGCCUGGAUAAGUUCUAUCAGUUGGUGCGUUUCGUCUUCAGGCAGGUGUUCGAGACACUGAAGAGAAAUGAGUGGGAGGAAAGCCUCAAUGGGCGUGUCCUUCAGCUUAUCUCCGCCCAACUCUUGGAUGGCUCCGCCCCUGCCGGCCUCCUCCUUCACAUCCUAGACCUCUACCUGAGUGAGCUGAGCCGGGCUGGAGCUCAACAGCUGACAGCUGAUCAGAACCUGUCCUUCAUUGAGCCUUUCUGCCAAACCGCAGCCAAAACUAAAGAUCGUGUGGUUCUGCAGGCCAUCUGCACUAGCCUGUUUGGGCUGAUCGUGGAACAGGCUCCCUUCGCCGUGGUCGACCUGCUCAAGGAGCUCAAGGCACAGGUGGAGGGGGAGGAGUCAGACUCUGGCCAGGCCUCUGAGGGGGAGGAGCCGGAUGCCACGGAGGGGGAGGGCAGCAGCAGCAAAGUCAAACUUCUAAAUGGCAAGAAGACCUCAGGACUCAGCACCUCGGAGGAGGAGGGCUUCAGUGAUGGUGAUGUGCUGGAUCUGGACGAGGACCUUGAUCUUCCAGGAGAGGAAGACAUUGGGCCUGUUCUGCAGUUUGACUACGGUGCCGUCGCUGAGAAACUCUUUCAGCUGGCGAGCAGAACACAGACACCCAGUCACAACAGAGCCAAGCUGUACAAGCUAGUCAAGACAUUCCGUGACCUGAGUGAAGGUGUGUUUCCCCAGGACGAGGGGCCGGAGGACGUCUCCACAGAUGAGGAUGAUGAAGAGUUCUCCAGAAAGAAGAAGAGGAAGAAGCGGAAGCAGAGGCCGGAGGAUCAGGAGGACGCACACACACCCCCAAAACGCCAGAAGGGUGAAGCAGCAGAGGAGCAAAGCAAGAAGAAGAAGAAGAAAAACAAGAGGAAGAAGAAAGACACGCCCCCACAGAAGGAAGAGUCUGUGGUAGACACGCCCCUACAGGAAGCAGCGAUCACUGUGGACACGCCCCCGCAGAAGGAAGAGUCUGUGGUAGACACGCCCCUACAGGAAGCAGCGAUCACUGUGGACAUGCCCCUACUGAAGGAAGAGUCUGUGGUAGACACGCCCCUACAGGAAGCAGCGAUCACUGUGGACACGCCCCCGCAGAAGGAAGAGUCUGUGGUAGACACGCCCCUACAGGAAGCAGCGAUCACUGUGGACACGCCCCCGCAGAAGGAAGAGUCUGAUGUCCUACAGGCCACACCCUCCACAGAAGAGGAGCCCGUCGUCAUGGAGACUGACCCUGACAUCACACAGCCACUCAGCCAACCAGAGGCAGAGCCCAAUGAGGCGUCGGAAUCCAGCCAAUCAGACGUCGUCGGGGUUCCAGCUGAAGAGCAGCCAGCAGCCGAAGGCAAGAGGAAGAAGAGAAGCAGGAAGCAGGAAACGCAGAGUCUAGAGACAGGAUGUGAUGUCACAGAGAAGGAGGAGGAGGAGGAGCAGACCUCCACGCCUGCAGACGCUAAGAAGAAGAGGAGGAAGAAGAAGAUGAGUGUCAAAGACGCAGACGCACCUGAAGGCCCAGACGCACACACACCUGACGGCCCAGACACACACACACCCGACCCUGUCAUUCAGCAGACAGCAUCUCCGCCUGAGGAAGAGGAGGAAGAGGAGGUUCUACUGGAGAAGCCAAAGGGAAGAAAGAAGAAGAAGAAAGCCGUGACUCCGACGGAGGACGGCGCGGACGCACACACACCUGACGAAGCAGACACACACACACCUGACGAAGCAGACACACACACACCUGACGAAGAGAGUGCUCCAACUCCACUAGAGAAGAAAAAGAAGAAGAAGAAAGCUGUGAUCACAACAGAAGAAGCGGACACACACACACCUGACGGCGCGGACACACACACACCUGUGGAGGCGCUCACUGACGACGACGGCGCAGACAAGAAGAAGAAGAAAAAGAAAAAGAAGUUGUUGACAGAGGAGGAGGAUGAAGGCGUCACGUUGAAGACUUGUGCUAAAGAGAAGACUGUAGGGCGUCAGAAGAAGAAGCAGCUGAAAACGGCGGGGUCAGAGUUCAUUUCGUUUCAGAGUUCAUCUCCUCCCAAACCACUCUUCUGCAAAAAAAAGGGUGUUCAGGUUCCUCAGUCUAAGGCAAAGAAAGUCACGUUCGGACUCAAGAAUAACAAGACUGCCGAAUUCAGAAAGUCAGACCGCAGCGCUCUUCUAAGUCCGGGGGGCGUGGCCCGCGUGCCCUUUGACCCUCAGCAGAAGCCUCACUGUAGCGCCCUGAAGUCCCCCGAGGCCACGCCCUCAAAGAAGGCCACGCCCUCAAAGAAGAGAGCAACCGCUGCAGACUUCUUCUGACGAGUCGAGGAAUGGAGAACCGGUGGAGAACCCAGACCCAGACCCAGACCCAGACCCAGACCCAGACCCAGACCCAGACCCAGACCCAGACCCAGACCCAGACCCAGUUGGAGAGGAUCAGAGCGGAUCGGAGAAGAGAGAACAUUGUUGUAUUUUUUAACUGUUCAUUUUUGAAAAUCUAUAAGUAAAAGUUGUAAGUGAAACUCAAA